CAAAAAAAGACCAUGUUUCAAUUUUUUUUCCCGGGAAAUCGCGUUUCCCGUUUAUCAACAAAUGUUAGAUCUGCAAUUGAUUAUGAAGAUGAAUGGACGGCGAACACAGAAACGGAUGAUAAGAUGGCUUUCAAGUUGUCGAGGACCUCGCUGCUAAUACUCGACUAUAAGCAAUUUCGAGCUGCCCAGCGUAUCCAGAAAUAUUGGAAAAGGUAUCAUGAGAGGCAGAUGAGCUAUCAAUUGGAUGCCGCAGUGAGCAUUCAACGUUGGUGGCGUGGAUUUCGUCAGAGACGCAAAUACAUUCAACUGGUUGAGGAGAAGUUGCAUCAACGUCUCUGGGAGCAUUUCAAUCGAUCGGCAACGAAGAUUCAGGCCUUCUACCGUGGCUGGUUUGUGAGGCAAACGGUGCACAAUGCGUACAGCUUGCGCCGCAUGCAACUCUGUGCCGCCGAGGAGCUGCUCAGUUGUGUGGCAUACAAGCUGCAUCAUUUGCUCCGCACAUACUCCAUUCCGGGCGUCUACUCACUUCGCAACUCCAAAUGCCUCUCGAAGGUUGAGAAGAUGUUGACCAGCACUACCUUUCGAUUUCACAACGAUCGUGCACGCUAUUAUCAAUCCCAAAUGGCAAAUAUGACAGAGUCACGACGCGCCGAGUUCAAUGCCAACAGAGCAUUCACGAAGGUUCCUUAUUCGGGGCCCAAUUUCAACACCUUAUGCAAAGUACCCUGCGAUUCCAGCGUAUUUGGUUCCAAAUAUAUGGACAGUCGAAUGUAUAAGAUCAUCGAGGGGUAUGAGAAGAGUCAACUAGACCAGAAAAUGCAAAAGAUGAAGCACAGCUUGGCGAAUCGUAAAUUUCGCCUGCAUGUGGAGAACAUUUUGUCCCAGAAAGUUCACACCCAGCGUGACUUCUGUGGUGAUGUUAUCGAGAGCAUGCGUAAAUGGAAGAUUUGGGACGAUCAAAACGUGAGCAUUAGCAAAUCCAUUUUUAAGUCGCCCGAAUUGCUCAGUAACUUUCUCGAUGAGGCCGCCGAUUUCCUGAAAGACUUCCAAAAUAUCACGUGUCAUUGUAAAAUCAAAGUUUUCGAUAAACUUAUUUGUAAAUAAGCGAGACAAAGUGAAAGACAGAGUGAGAAAAUCUUUCUCUCUCUUUCUGCUGACUGAUUAAAUUUUAGAAUGUGAAUGACAUUAA